CUCUCUCUCAUUUCGUUUUCUCUCUCUAGCUCAACCUCUCGAGCAGCACCAGGAAGGGGCAGAGUGUAUAUAUACCUCAGUAUCUUUGUGGAAUCAAACAACAAAAAACUUUUUCGAUGUUCUUACUAUCGUAUAUCUCCCCAUACAACGUCCCUUUUCCGAAUCAGUGUCGCUCUGUAUCGGCAUCUCAUGGUAGCAAAAACGAGCUUUUACGUAAUAGUAAUUGUAAUAGUAAUAGUAAUAGUACGGCCGAUCAGCCGAUAAACUCCACCACAGUUGGCAAUUGGCUUCAACGUUGUUCUAACGUUCGCGAGAUUAGGGAAGUGCACGCUGUUGUUGUUAAGCGGUUGAAAGAUCCGUUAGUGUUUGUCGACAAUAACUUGAUUAGUAUGUAUGUGAAAUUCGGAGAUCUGGCGGCGGCGCGUAAGGUGUUUGAUGAUAUGUCUGAGAGAAACGUUGUUUCCUGGACUGCAAUGCUUAAUGGCUACCAUAGGCAUGGUAUAGAUUACGAAGCUUUGAGGUUGUUCAUUGAGUUUGUUAACAAUGGUUUCCGUGGGAAUGUACAGACGUAUGCUUGUGUUUUGAAUUUGUGCGGCAGGAGCUUUGAUAACGAGCUUGGAAGGCAACUGCAUGCUUGUGUAAUAAAGAGUCGGUUGAGUAAUUUAAUACUAGAUUGUACUAUUUUGCAAUUCUAUUCCCGAUGUGGUGAUUUGGACAGCGCUUAUGAAGUGUUUGACAGAAUGCAAGAAAGGGAUGUGAUUGCUUGGACAACCAUGAUUACAGCUUGUUCACAACACGGACGGGGGUACGACACAUUUGCCAUGCUGUCACAAAUGUUGUACGAUGGAGUUGACCCGAACGAAUUUACCGUUUGCAGCGUGUUGAAUGCUUGUGGGGAAGAGAAAGAACUAAUAUUCGGUGAACAACUACACAACAUUGUUAUCAAGAAGGCGUACGAUUUGGAUGUUUAUGUUGCAACUUCAUUGGUGGAUUUGUAUGCUAAAUGUGGGAAAAUCGAGAAAUCGAGAACAAUUUUUGAUGGAAUGAGAAGAAAAAAUGCGAUCACUUGGAGCACUAUUAUAGCAGGGUACGCUAGAAAUGGCCUCGGAGGAGAGGCCAUAAGUCUCUUCCGCACGAUGAAAAGAUUAAAAAUGUUUGCCAACAGCUUAACCAUGGUUAGCAUACUCAGAGCCUGUGGUUUGAUUAGGUCAGUGUCGACAGGUAAAGAAGUGCAUGCGCAAAUCUUCAAGAAUUUUUCACCAAGCAAUAUUUUCGUGGGAAGUGCACUUGUUUGGCUUUAUUGUAAAUGCGGAGAUUACGUUUCUGCAUCUAAGGUGCUCGAGUAUUUGCCUGAUAAAGAUGUGGUUUCAUGGACUGCGAUGAUUUCUGGUUGUGCUCGGCUAGGUCACGAGUAUGAGGCUCUUGAGUAUUUAAAGGAGAUGUUGAGUAAAGGUGUAGAACCGAACCCUUUUACUUAUUCUUCAGUACUGAAAGCAUGUGCGAAACUGGAAAAUAUAAACCAAGGUAAACUCAUCCAUUCCUCCAUAAAUAAGAGCCCUGCAUUGUCGAACGUGUUUGUAGGCAGUGCUUUGGUUCAUAUGUAUUCAAAGUGUGGGCAUCUUUCGGAGGCAGCUCAAGUGUUUGAGAGUAUGCCCGAGAGAAACUUGGUUUCUUGGAAGGCGAUGAUUGUAGCUUAUGCGAAAAACGGGCAGUGUGGCGAGGCUUUGAAGCUCGUGUAUCGAAUGCAAGCUGAGGGAAUUGGGGUAGAUGAUUACAUCCUCUCGACUGUUCUUACAGCCUGUGGAGAUUUUAAGUGGAAUAACGAGUCAUCAUCAGAGCAUUGUUUGCAGUCUUAAAAGAUUUCGGGGAAAAAAAACAGAGUAUGAUUUUGUAGGUACGGAAAAUGAAUUUCGAAGGGCAGCUCAGUUUUUUGAACUUGGGGAUUUGUUCGACUCGGUUCAUGUGUGAAAUCUCAGCUCGAUGGAAAUAUGUAUGAGGUCGAAGUUUGUAAAGUAAAUAUUCGUGUAUAAAUCAAUUGCAGUUCAUAUCA